AUGCAUAGUUCACAAAAUUUAAUGAGAUUCUUUAAAAAAAUACAUGCUUUAAUCUUUCUUGUAUUUGGGGUAUCCUCAGUUAUAUGUGGUUUAAUACCAUACCAUAUAAACACAACCGGGUUUCCAGCAAGUGGUAUUUUACAGAUAGACAUUAACAGUACCAUUAACCACCAGACAGCAAGUUCCAUAGAUAUGUCGUUUGAUAUACCAGAAAAGGCUAUCUUCCAAAAUGUGAACGUUUAUAGAAAGCUGUUUAAACCAUAUGACUACACACAAUCAAUCCCAGAACUGCAAACCACUUAUAAGAAGCUAGAGGAAAUCCUGGAAACUGUAAAAGUAAUAAGUAGUUUCUCUAAAAUAGAUGAAACAGGCGGUGUUUAUAUUAGUAUGCCUCCUUACAUAAGAAAAAUUAGAUCCUAUGCAUUUGCAAUCAUUGGCACGGUUUCGUUAAAUUCUAAGCAUAUUAUUUUAAAUGAAAUGGGUCGGGUACAAGGAGAGAGGUCAGACUCCAAUUUUCCGUAUAAUGCACUUGGCGUCACUAGGGAGGAUAUAAAAAAAAUAAUUAUUAAUGAAAUCAAGGAUUCAGUGUUAAUUGAGCAACAACUGAACAAUGUAAUAAAAGUCCUAAAGAAGGCUUUGUGUGAGCCUGUAGAGUAUAAAGAAUACAUCGAUAGCUUGGCAUAUGGGUUCAAUCUUUUGAACAUAGUAAACUUUGUUAGAGUGAAUAGAAUAUUGGAUGUAUUAUAUAUACAAAAAAUGCUGCAGUUUGAAAAAAAUGCUGUUAACCAAAUGGAUGGGUACAAAAAAGCCAGAAGAAUUAAGUUGAAUAUGUUAAAUAAAAAAAUGAGUAAGAAAAGGCGUGCCCAAGAUAUAUUUAAGCAUACACUAACAUCACCCGAAACAUUCCUAUCUAGUGUCUCAGAUGUUAAGUCCAAAAAGACUAUUAUUUACUCAGCGUGCACGCAGAUUCUUAAUCUUAUCCCAUCGUUUUUAAAAGAAAUAAACCUCUUAGAUAUAAAACCAGAGAAAAAAGAAGUCUUACGAACAAACUUUCGCAUGACAUAUGAAUAUGGGAUAAAAGCACUUAAUCAGCUGAAAGUAGUCAAUUCAUACAACUUUGACAACAACCAAUUAACUCAAAUAGAAGUUGAAUUUUCUAUGUGCGUGCAAGAAUAUCUAAAUGCAGCAGAGCUAAUUUCGGAAUAUAUUAAUGAUCUACAAAAAAAUAUAGAAACGCUAUUAUUUAAUUCUGUAAAGCCCCGGAAAAGAACCCCCGAUAUAGCGAAUAAUCUAUCUAAAAUGCUUCAAUUAGACAAAUACCAGCAUAUAGAUGUCAAGAAAAUAUUUUUAAUUAAAAGUAUUAUUUCCUUAUUAUCCAUUGAAAGGGACUUGUGCUAUAAAAAAAAGAAUAGUUUAUAUACUAUUUCAUAUAGUAUUGGAUCAGACAACUCAGAGUAUCCACCAAUAAGCUACAACAUGUAUACCAAGAAAGCAUCAAAAAACAAUAAAAUGAUUAAUAAAGUAAUAAAAAGGUAUGAAAAAAAAUUAGAUAUGCUUUAUGCAUAA